GAUGGGUUGAGUGGGGUGAUGGGUGAGGCUGUGGAGAGUGCGAGAAUGCUGUUUGAUGGGCGCACAGGCCGCCAAACAGCGUAACCACACCGACACGCUCAGCAGACCACGCCAUGCCCACACCCACACCCAACCCAGGACAUGACACGAAGCGGGAGUGUGGCGCCUGGAGGUGCGGCUGCGGGCGGACUGGGCAAGGUUGCAGAGGGGCGGGUCCUGGCGCUGGAGAGGGCGGCCAAGGUGGUGCAGUCGCGGUACCGCGGACAUGUGGUGCGGACGAGCUUGGGCGCGGUAAAGGUGCCGGGCAUGGACGAUGCGCCGUCGCUGGUGGAGACGGCGGGUGCGCAUGGAGUGGUCAACCGUGCUGCUGGCUUGCUCGAAAGCGGGUUUGAUGCUGAGGCCGCGCGCCAUCGUGCAGCGCUCGACUCUGCCGCGAGAGUGGUCCAGUCGCGGUACCGCGGCCACGCGGUGCGCAAGUCGAUGGGAUCGGUGCGGAUGCCCAACAUGGACGACGCCGCCUCGCUAGUCGACUCGCGCAGUGCCGGCAAGCUUGUCUCGCGCGCACUGGCUGCCUCGGAGCAGACUAGCGCCAUGCAGGUGCUCUCGGCCAUCGGAACUCCGACCCGCGGCGGCGGCGACGACGACGGCGACGACGACGACUGCGGGAUUCAAGGGGUACAGUGA